AUGUUUUUCGCCCGCGCUGCCAUUCUGGCAGCUUUGGCUAGCUAUGCCACCGCUCAAACUUUCACUGACUGCGACCCGACGAAGAAGUCAUGUCCUGCGGAUCCUGCCCUCGGCACCGAGCAUACUUGGAACUUCAACUCGAGCUUGAAUGAAAAGAUUUGGAACAUGAAGACCGGCGAGUACGAGUUCAGUGACGAGGGGGCCCACUUCACCCUAUCCGAGGAGGGACAGUCCACCCUGCUCCAGUCCAACUUCUACAUCUUCUUCGGCGUCGUCGAAGCCCAUGUUAAGAUGGCUGCUGGCGCAGGUCUGAUCAGUAGCGUCGUCCUGGAGUCUGAUGACCUGGACGAGAUUGAUUGGGAGUGGGUCGGAUACAACACAAGCCAAGUGCAAUCAAACUUCUUUGGCAAGGGGAACGACAGCUCCUGGGACCGCGGCGGAUACCACGACGUCACCAAUGCAGACACCGAGUUCCACAACUACACCACCUAUUGGGAUCAGGAUAAACUCCAAUGGUGGAUUGAUGGCGUGAUGGUUCGCCAGCUCAACUACGACGAUCCGCUUACCCUUGGCGGCUCACAAUACCCGCAAACCCCCUGUCGUGUUCAGUUCAGUUUGUGGCCCGCGGGUCAGAAGAGUGCCAAACAAGGUACAAUUGAGUGGGCUGGUGGUUUGGUUGAUUGGGAUAAAGCUCCCUUCACCAUGACCCUUGGCCACCUUCGCGUUGAGGAUUUCCACUCUGGCAAGGAGUAUAGCUACUCGGACCACUCUGGUUCCUGGCAGAGCAUCGACGUGUUAGACGGAAAUUCCACCGCUCUCACCGAACUAAACAAACCCCCCGCCAAGAGCCUCUCCGAGAAGUGGGACGAUCUCGGCCAGGGAGCGCACAUCGGAGUCUACAUCGGCGCAGCCGUCGCCGCUGCCAUCUGCGUUGCUGGCCUCGUGUUCUUCUGCCUGCGCCAGCGUCGCAAGGGUCGUCUCGAGAAGGCUUUGGAGUCUGACCAGGUCAUGGACAAUCGCAACGAGAUGAACAACUUCCAGAACGACUGGAGGCAGAGCGAGUGGAAGCAGCACGGCGGCUACCAGCAAGUCACCAACUAG